AUGGCCGAACCCCGCAAAGCCCUCCUUAUCCCGGAGGUGCUCACCUGCAUCCUCCUAGAGGUCGACAACAACACCCUCGUCAAAGCCCAACGAGUCUGUCGCCAGUGGAGAGACCUCAUCCAAGCCUCACCCGACCUGGAGGUGAAGCUCUUCUUCAAACCGGCCCUCGCAUUUCCUUUUGCCGACGGGACGCCCUCGCUGAAUCCCAUCUUUACUUCGAGCUGGUCAUCAAUCAUCAGCCCCUGGACACAAUCAAUGAGGUCUCGGAAAGAUUCGAGCUGGCAAAGAAUGCUCGUGUUCCAGCCGUACCUGCAAACGAUGCUCAUCUUCGAAGACGAAAGCGACUUGUCCGAUUCUCCCCCGACACCCUUUCGAGCGACAGUACUCCGAUUCGAGCCCGAGGUCAUCAAACAUAGGGAUCAGUUGCGUGUCUCUCAGAUUCAUUGCCGUGAGCUCUGGCACUGUGUACUAUCUCUGCCGAUCGCCACACGCAUCAAAGACGGCAGAGAUGGCAAGGAGGUCACUCAUGUUUCAUGGAAGAACAUCUUGGUCGUUAGCGACAGCUUCCCUGCCGACGUCACGUUUCUAAAACGCAUGUUCUUCAACCGGGCGAACCGUCCAUGCGCGGAUUUCUACGAUCUUGUCUUCAUUCGCAAGCCUUGGGAAAUACUGCCGCAUACAAACUUGGUACAAGGAAGAGAUGGACAGUGGAGCGAGAAGGUGCUAUCGCCUCUUGAGAAAUGGCUUCAGUCGGUGGAACCCUGGGUGCGUGUGGAGAAACAGUGGUGCCUGUCGCGUCCCGAGUACAAGGAAUUGUCUAGGAUAUAAG